AUGACUCCUCGCGAGCAGCUGAGGAAGAUAACAGCACUGGGAGAGCAGGGUGCUCUGGAUGAGAAACACUGGUACAGACUGGUAAAUGGCAUGUCUGCUGGAGAGCUGCGGCAGAGGCAGGAGCUCAUGAUGAGGAACCAGAUGGCCAUGACUCCGCAGAUCCUGACUCAAGGUCAACAGAGACUGCAGGGUGUACCCACACAGUUUGAUCACCGCUUCAUGGAGAGGGAACUGGUGCCACCGCCUGAGAUGGUAUCAGCUGAUGGCAGACAAAUCCACAUGGGUUCCCAUCUUGGUCCACCGAUGCCUCCAAAUUCCAAUGUCAAUCCAGGCAGAGGAUUUCCAGGCACAGGUUACGGCUUUCUUCCCGCCGAGAGCAUGGAGACGGUUGCUAGAAGACAUGAGUUAAUUCACAAACAGAACAUAGCCAGAAUGGAGAUGAAUGCUAUCCUGCACCAGAAAGAGUUGGAGAACGCCCAACAAAAGGGUCUCAUUGGCAUGGAGAAUCCCAUGAUGUACCAGGGUAUCCAACCCAACCACAUGACCUUCAGGGGUCGUCAGCGUCUUCCAGAUGGACACGACGUCUUCGUCCACCGCACCGCCCUUGAAGACCUGCAUGCCAACAGUCUCCUCAUGUCCAGCCCCUACCCACCAAUCAGCACGCUGCAAAGAGAGCGAGGACGCAGGACAAACCGAAGGGCCACCAAUCAUAAGAUCUCAGACACCAACAUCACUCUCCCCAAAAGCCAGUCAGAAGAGAAGAACAUCGAACAAAGUCCAGGCGGUGGCUCAGGGGAAGACAAGGAUGUAGACGGGAAAGUUGAAAUGUGCAGUGAGGUCAUCAUCACCAAACCACACCAAACCAAAAUGGAAACUGAGCUGUCUUCAGGCAGCAGUAGAAAAAGUUUUAAGGAUGAGACUGGGAUUCGCAAGGUGUGUAUCAGUAGACAGGAGGCCUGUGUGGAAGUCAACAACUGUGAUGUGAGCAACAGUGACAAAGAUAUAUCCAACCCGUGCUCAGCUUUCCAAGAAAAGUUUCUGUACCCAUCUGCCCCGGGUCCACUUACAGGCCUGCCCUACAUGUUCCCCAUGCAACCAAAUGGACUUCUACCAUUGGGAACUCCAAAUUUGUUUGUAAAUGGAGAAGAGAUGUCUUCUCUGGAGGAUGUCCGCAAGUGGACAACUGAAGACGUCUACAACUUUAUCAGGGAAAUACCAAGCUGCUCUGAAUACGCACAGAUUUUUAAAGAUCAUAUGAUUGAUGGAGAAACACUGCCUCUUCUCACAGAGGAUCACCUUCUAGACACACUCGGACUAAAGCUCGGCCCGGCCCUUAAGAUACGAUCACAGUUGUCCCGUCGGAUGGGUAACAUGUUCUACAACAUGAUGAAUUUGCCUCUGGCUGUAUCGGGCCUGCAGCCUCCAGCUGAGAAAAGUGGAGACAGAUCAUCAGACAUCAGCUCUCCUCUCAUCUGUAACAGUGUGGAGAUGCUCGGGAGUCCCAGAGACACAGACGCUCUUAAAUCAACAGAUCCUGUAACUGAAGCUGACAAUCCAUCUCCUACACAAAUGAGUGACACCACCUGAAGAGAGCAUACAGAACUACUGAUCUAUUCACCUUUGACCUCUGAAACACAUGUGAUGUUUGCAUUUGGCCUGACAAAUACUGACUUCAGAACAUUCUAAAUAUUUUGUAAUGUGUGUAAUGCAAUAGGUUUGAAACUUCAUCUCUUAAUAAGAAUCUUAAUGCAGUCCAUACAUUUUUAUACAUAUGUAUAUUUUGUAAAUUAGUUGC